AUGUCGUCAGCAUUCAUCGGCCUCGAUGUCAAGCUCACACUUCACUCUAAGCCAGGCUCGCAUUUGCACGCAAAGAUCCUGUCCAUCGAUCAAUCCGCCAACACACUCACCGUUCAAAAGCAAGAUGGGUCCCAAGCCGUACUGAAACGCGCCGACAUUGCAAGCCUCGCUGCUGCCACUGCUCCCAAGCCCACUUCGGCUGCAACCAAAGCGGCACCACCUGUUAGCAACCCUUCACGAUCCGACACUGCAACCCCAGCCAAGGCUCAAAGCAAACAGAAAAAGCACCAGGAACCCGAACAUGCUGCCGUUUCCAGCAAGCCGGCAGCAACGUCGACGCCAGCCUUUGUCGAUCCAGCCAUCAUGUCUUUUGAUCGUUCGUCCACUCCCGCCGCUCCUUCAUCAGAACAGAACGCUGCAAGCCACUUGCUGGCACCACUCCACGCCUCUGACCUGGCCGCCUCACGCUCGUCGACCCCCACUCGUUCACCUCAGCCCAAACAUGCUUCCACUGCAGCACCAACGGCCAAGUCGGCCAAAAAGAAGCAAGCCGCGCACACUCCCGUCUCGCGUGGCGGUAGCCCAGCAAUCCCCAAUGCAUCGCUCUCGGAUGACUUCGAUUUCAGCGCUGGCCUCAAAGCCUUUGACAAGAAAAAGAUCUGGGACGACAUUCGCGCUUCCGAUCACACCGACCCCGCUUCGCUCCUCGUCUCUCACAAUCGGAUCGUCAAUACUGGCGCCACAGAGCUUGUCCGUGGGCCAAAUGGCGUAGGACCUGCCAACUCUUAUUCGACACCUGAACGCGGAAGGAGCCACACGAAGAAUGGACAGCAAAAGCUGCGUCCCAACGAGAUGGUCUGCAGUCCGUCGCCCGAGCGAGCGCCUUCUCCGACUCCUAUCGCUCCACCUAAGCAACAGACCGUGGAAGCCCCCAAGCCAUCGCAGACUUCUACACCCGACAACGGCAAGCCCACGUACGAACAACUUGAGGAGAGGAUCAGGAAACUCGAGGCUGAGCUUGCACUGGCGAGGAGGCGCAACGUGCUGCUAGAAGAACUGGCCGGUCUCGGCCUGGGUGUCUCGACUCGCGCUGAUGCGGUUCCUGUUACAUCUUCUCCGCCUCACCCCGACACGAACGGCAGCAAGUCUUCAUCUCGACAGGGAGGCAGCUCUGUUGAUGCAGACGUGGCAGAGACAGAAAAGAGUCUUACCGGCCUAUCUCUGCAGCCGCAGUCCUCCAAGGCCGAAUCGAAGCCCGUCGGUCUCUCUAAUGCUCUCGCCGCCGCCGGUUUCGCUAUCUCUGCAAGCGAUGGAUCGGCAAACUCGACACCUGCUCCUGCCACACCCACCUCAAUCUCGGGCCCGGCAGCUGCCAUACCUGCAGAGGCUGAGUCCGAAAAGCAAGAGCCAUUGUUCGGACACAUUGUCGAUCCGCCCGUCCUCACCCUGCUCUUCCCGACGGCCGCACUGCAGCACGCCGCUCUGGCUCGCAUGGAGGCCUUUUACGAAUCCGACUCGAAAGCAAAACGCUACCUGAGCUUGCAGCAGGCUGCCGACGAACGCAUCUGCCGCAACUACCAGGGCUUUAACUUCCCCAUCCGUCAAGGCGUGCUCAAAUGGCUCGAGGCUAUGUUCGAGGCCACCGGCAGCGAUGAGGACACGCCCAAAUGGUGGACGGCGCACUGCUCGUCGGAGGAGAAUCAGCUACUGGACCUGCUGGUCUCGCUGAACGCAAUCUCACCCUACGAGGGCGCUACUUCUCGCAACGCGGAUGCUGCAAACGGCGAAAUGAGCUAUGUCAUCUCGUGCGUCGCCUCGCAGGCCCACUCGACGCUUCCGCACGAACUGCUGCACGCGCUCUACUUCCUCUCGCCCUCGUACCGUGCGUUUGUCUCGCGCCAGUACGCGUCCCUCUCGUCGGCGAGCAAAAAGGUCAUCGAGACCGACCUGGGUAUGCGCAAGUACUCGCCCUCGGUGUUCGAAGACGAAUUCCAGGCCUACCUCGCCGAGGGUCUGGGGACGGAAAAGGAGUUCGGCAACAAGCCAGCCGCCGAGUGCAAGGACAUUGCUCAGCAGUUGCGUCAAGAGGUGACUGCUAAAUGGAAAAAGUUGGGCCUGGAUCUCGAGAGCGGCAAACAGCAGGAGAAGUGGGAAGACGUCAAGUGGCAGACGCUCGACAGGUACGCUGCUGUGCAGAAGGCGAGUAAGAAGAGUAAGGCGGCGGCGGCGGCGGGUAGCCCCGCGAAGGGCAAGGGUGGCAAGAAAAGCAACAAGUGA